AUGUCCUUGUUUACUCGGCUAUUUCCCAUUGAAGCUGAGCAUUCUUUCAACGGCUGUUUUUCUUCUCAAACUGGUAUCUCGAUUGAUAAACCUGAUGAGGCUCGUUUUACGUCACUAAAUCUGUAUAAGAAUUUUUCUCUUUCCUUCGUUCUUUCAUUUUAUCACAAUUUUGUUGAUAUCUAUCUAUCUAUCUAUCUAUCUAUCUAUCUAUCUAUCUAUCAGAGUCCCAUUAUUUCCUUUUUUGCUAUCUAUAUAUGUAUCUAUCUAUCUUUCACAUUCUCCUUCCUUCCUUCCUUCCUUCCUUCCUUCCUUCCUUCCUUCCUAUCUAUCUAUCUAUCUAUCUAUCUAUCUAUCAGCCAUUGUUUCCCCGAAUCAGUUAUGUUAAAUAAUAUCUACAUUCCUUCAUAUCUAUCUAUCUAUCUAUCUAUCUAUCUAUCUAUCUAUCUAUCUAUCUAUCACAGCCACUUCCUAUCUCUCUCACUCUCUAUUUAUCUACGUAUCACAGCCUAUUCCUAUCUAUCUAUCUAUCUAUCUAUCUAUCUAUCUAUCUAUCUAUCUAUCUAUCACAACCUCUUCCUACCUCUCACUCUCUAUUUAUCUACGCAUCACAGCCUAUUCCUAUCUAUCUAUCUAUCUAUCUAUCUAUCUAUCUAUCUAUCUAUCUAUCACAGCCACUUCCUAUCUCUCUCACUCUCUAUUUAUCUACGUAUCACAGCCUAUAUCUAUCUAUCUAUCUAUCUAUCACAACCUCUUCCUACCUCUCACUCUCUAUUUAUCUACGUAUCACAGCCUAUUCCUAUCUAUCUAUCUAUCUAUCUAUCUAUCUAUCUAUCUAUCUAUCUAUCUAUCUAUCUAUCUAUCUAUCACAACCUCUUUCUAUCUCUCUCACUCUCUAUUUAUCUAUAUAUCACAGCCUAUCUAUCUAUCUAUCUAUCUAUCUAUCUAUCUAUCUAUCUAUCUAUCUAUGUCCGUACUAUUCCUUUCUUUCUUUCUUUCUUUCUUUCUUUCUUUCUUUCUUUCUUUCUUUCUUUCUUUUUUCCUUUUUUCUUUCUUUCUUUCCUUUUUUUUCUUUCUUUCUUUCUUUCUUUUUUUCUUUCUUUCUGUUCCUCUUUCUUUCUUUCUUUCUUUUUUCCUUCUGUUCUUUCUUUCUUUCUUUCUUUCUUUCUUUCUUUCUUUCUUUCUUUCUUUCUUUCUUUUCAUUUCCUCCUUGAAACUGAAUCCGAAAUUGUUUUUGUAAAACCAUUUUGCAAAGUCGGUGAUCUAUCUAUCUAUCUAUCUAUCUAUCUAUCUAUCUAUCUAUCUAUCUAUCUGUCUGUACUCAUAUCUAUCUCAAUCUAUAAAAUCUAUCUAUCUAUCUAUCUAUCUAUCUAUCUAUCUAUCUAG